AUGGCGGAGUUUUUGCCGAUGACCGACUGGAAGAGGUCACGAAACGACGGCCAGUCUUCGUACGCGCCGGAGAAAUCGCGCAGCGUAAUGCGGGGCAACGAGGUCUUAGGAGAGUGUUCGUUGUUCUGCACCGGCCCAGCUGGCACUCUGGGCGUCGCGGGUUUCAGUUUGUUCGCGAGACCGGUCGUCGAGAAUGCGGAUGCGGGUGCUCACAGCGUCGAGGGUGAGCUUAUCUGCACCCAGCUUCCGGAGGUUGUCCAUGGAACGGGAGAUGCGGCCGUGGAUGUCGUGCUGGCUGCUCAGCAAGGCGCUCUGGUCCAUGCUCAUGGCUGCGGUCGUUCUUUGCGGAAGCACUCCCGAAUUCGCGGGUGCCGGUAUAAUCCGGCUCGAAGGACCAAAAUGUUCGAGAGCGCGCGGUAGCGCGAG